AUGGAUGAUGCACAGCUCUGCACUAUGAGGCGUGUGAUCUCCCCCCUCAGCCGCGCUCUCCCCCGUCUGCUCCACUCCGGCUCCAAACUCACUUCCUCCAGCACCGCCUCCAAACUGAAACCUGGCAACCUCUCCUCAGAAGAAAUCUUCAGCAGAGAGGAGAAGUAUGGCGCCCACAACUACCACCCACUGCCUGUGGCUCUGGAGCGAGGAGAAGGCAUCUACGUGUGGGACGUGGAGGGGAACCGUUACUAUGACUUCCUGAGUGCGUACAGCGCGGUGAACCAGGGCCAUUGUCACCCCAAGAUUGUGUCUGCGCUGACGUCCCAGGCCUCGCGCCUCACCCUCACCUCCAGAGCCUUCUACAACGACGUGCUCGGCGCCUACGAGGAGUACGUCACCCGCCUCUUCCAAUACGACAAGGUGCUGCCCAUGAACACAGGCGUCGAAGCCGGAGAAACUGCAUGUAAACUGGCUCGUAAAUGGGCCUACACCGUGAAGGGCGUCCCCAAGAACCAGGCCAAGAUUGUGUUUGCCAACGGUAACUUCUGGGGGAGGACCAUGGCGGCCAUCUCCAGCUCCACAGACCCAAGCAGCUACGAGGGCUUCGGCCCCUUCAUGCCCGGCUUUGAACUCAUCCCCUACAAUGACCUGCCAGCGCUGGAGGAGGCUUUCCAAGACCCCAACGUGGCGGCCUAUAUGAUGGAGCCGAUCCAGGGGGAGGCCGGCGUGGUGGUCCCAGACCCCGGCUACCUGACCAAAGUCCGAGAGCUCUGCACCAAACACAACGUGUUGUGGAUCGCAGAUGAGGUUCAGACCGGUUUGGCUCGCACCGGGCGCCGUUUGGCGGUGGACCAUGAAAACGUGCGGCCCGACAUUGUGACACUGGGGAAGGCUCUGUCUGGAGGAGUUUACCCGGUAUCUGCGGUGCUGUGCGACGAUGAGAUUAUGUUGACCAUUAAACCCGGAGAACACGGCUCCACGUACGGAGGAAACCCUGUGGCGUGUCGGGUUGCCAUCGCCGCCCUGGAAGUGUUGGAGGAGGAGCGUCUGGCGGAAAACGCGGAGGCCAUGGGUCACCUCCUGCGCUCCGAGCUCAACAAACUUCCCAAAGACAUCGUGAGCGUGGUGCGGGGGAAGGGCCUGCUGAACGCCAUCGUCAUCAAAGAGACCAAAGAUUACGACGCAUGGAAGGUGUGUCUGCGUCUCCGUGACAACGGGCUCCUGGCCAAACCCACUCACGGCGACAUCAUCCGCUUCGCCCCGCCCCUCACCAUCACCGAGCCGGAGCUGCAGGACUGCGUCGACGUCAUCACCCGCAGCAUACUCUCCUUCUAG